GCGUGCGCGCGUGCGUCGUUGUCGCCACUUCCGGCUUGACAGGAUGAAGACGGACUCCAAGACGCCACAAGGAGGCGCCAUCAACUAAAGCUCCGCUCCGCAGGCUUGACAGGAUGAGGAUGGACUCCAAGACGCCGCAAGGAGGCGCCGUCAACUGAAGCAGCUGCGGAAAAAGAUGGCGAGCCGCAGGAAGUCCAGCACGCCAUGCAUGGUCCCUCCUCCGGACGUGACGGGUGAGGCGGAGUCGGAGGACGCCGGCGUCUCCGGCUCGGACAUUUACUCGCACACGAGCGAGGGCGGCUACGAGUGCAAGUACUGCAGCUUCCGCACGCCACAACUCAACCUGUUCACCGUGCACGUGGACUCGGAGCAUCCCGACGUGGUCACCAACACCUCCUACGUCUGCGUGGAGUGCGACUUCCACACCAGGAGCUACGACGCGCUGGUGGCGCACAACGCUCGCCAUCACCCGGGUGAGGGCAACUUCACGCGCACCAUGGCGAGACGCAACAACGAGACGGUCUUCCAGCAGACGGUCAACGACCUCACCUUCGACGGCGGCUUCGUCAAGAUGGAAGACGGCGAGGAGGAGGAGGACGUGCGGCGCCAAGGCAUCGCCCUCAGCAAGACCCCCAUCAUGAGGAGCAGGGCGGAGCCCAAAAAGUUCACCGCCUCGCACAAAAUGGCUGUAGAGGACGCCAUCAAGGUGGAGAGCCAGGACGAGUACGACGAGCCGCCCACGCUGUCGCCCGCCCCCGUCACCGCCGGCGGGCCGCGACUCGUGCCCAUGUCCUCGCCACUUCACAUCCAGACGCUGUCCCCGAGCUUCGUGGUGAACAACGCCAACGUGCUGCACGUGAAAGGUGGCGGCGGCGGCGGCGGCGGCACCAUACUUCCUGCCGGGACGCUGGCGCAGGUUCUGUCGGCCUUGCAGAACCAUCAGAACCAGACGCAGCUGCUCAUCCCCGUCAGCAGCAUUCCCGCCUACAACGCCGCCAUGGACAACAACGUCCUGUUGGUCAGCGCCUACAGCAGGUUUCCUUACCCGUCGAUGUCGGAGGUCGCCGCCUUGUCGUCGCAGACCAAGUUCAGCGAGGAGAACGUGAGGGUGUGGUUCUCCGCCCAGCGCCUCAAACAUGGCGUCAGCUGGACGCCCGAGGAGGUGGACGAGGCACGCAGGAAGAAGGCCAACGGCACCGUGCAGACCGUCCCCCAGACCAUCACCGUCAUCCCCGCCAACAUGGCCGCCGGCGGCCUGCAGUCCAUCUUCCAGACUUGCCAGAUCGUGGGCCAGCCGGGCCUGGUCCUCACCCAGGUGGGCGGAGUCGCUGGCACCGUGGGCUCGCCCGUGGCGCUGACCGUCGCCCCUGGCAACCGGCCCAAAGCUUCCGAACCUUCCGCGUCGGAGUCCAAGACGGAGAAGGCGGCCUCUUUGGACUCCGCCUCCAAACCCAAGAAGUCCAAAGAGCAGCUGGCGGAGCUGAAGGCGAGCUACGGCAGGCGGCAGUUCGCCAGCGAGGCGGAGAUCUCUCGCCUCAUGCAGAUCACCAGGCUGUCCAAGCGCGCCAUCAAGAAGUGGUUCAGCGACACGCGCUACAAUCAGAGGAACGCCAAGGAGCAGCACGCCGACGCCAAGGAGCAGCACGCCGACGCCGACGCCAGGGUCGCGGCGCCGGAUGGAGGCGGAAGGAGCGGCGCUAGCGACAGCGCCGCCGGUGACGAGGUCGGCGCCAUUGUCAUCGACUCCAGCGACGACGCCAGUGACGCCCCGCCGUUGACGGCCCCCUCCCUGGGCUCGCCCCGCCCUCCCCGGGACCGCCGCACCAGCCUCCGCCACGCCUUCCCGGACUUCACGCCCCAGAAGUUCAAAGAGAAGACCUCGGAGCAGCUCCUGGUGCUGGAGUCCAGCUUCCGCCACUGCGACACGCCAUCGGACGAGGAGCUGAUGCGUCUGCGGGCGCAGACCAAGCUGACGCGGCGGGAGGUGGACGCCUGGUUCAUCGAGAGACGCAAAACUCGGGACGCGCCGCCGUCGCCACACGGCCCGGACGGCGGCGACGUGGCCGAGCCCGCCGCCCGGGAUCGCCACACCACAGCGGGCCGCAAGGUGCUGAAGAAAACGCCGCAGCAGCUGGACAUGCUGAAGAAGGCCUUCGUCCGGUCGCAGUGGCCCACCGCCCAGGACUACGACAAGAUGGCGGAGGACAGCGGUCUGCCGCGCUCCUACGUGGUCAACUGGUUUGGUGACACACGCUACGCCUGCAAGAACACCAACCUCAAGUGGUUCUACCUCUACCGCAGCGGCAAGGUAGAGGAGGGAGUCAACAAUGGCAACAAAGUCCACAAGAAGUCCAGAAAGCGACACCGUAAUUGGUCCACUAGAACACGGAGACCCUAUCCUUGCAAGUCUUCUCCACAGGGGGGCGCUGCUCCCAGCAAGCAGGCCAUGAGCGGCAAGGCGUUGCUGAAGGAGCACUACCUCCAGCACGGGGUGGUGAGGGAAGAGGAGGUGCAGGCGUUGGCGGUGCAGGCGGACAUGAGCGAGCAGGAAGUGAGGGCGUGGUUGAGUGGGCGGGCGCAGGAAGACAAGGAGAUGUUGAGCGAGGAGGAAGCACUUGAAGGUGAGGUGAAAGAAGAAGCUUCUGACAACACGGAGGACCAAGUGUCUCCUGGUGCAAGGUCACAGCCAACGUAAGCAUGGUGGUGUUGUUGUUGUGACACCAUGCUGCACCUCCAAAUGGACACUUUUAUUGUGGCGGGACAAGCCCAGCUUUCAUACCUUUUUUCUUUCUUUCACUUUGUAUGACAAAGAUUGCAAAUAUUUCUCAGAGUGACGCCUCUUGUAUUCAACAUUUCUUCCAAGCUGACCUUGGAGGACUUUUAUUGUGAAAGGCACUAGGAAGUCCAAUCAGUGGCAUCAAGCGUGUUUAUG